UAUAGGCCCUCCGAUUCCACAGCUCUGCAUCCAGCAUCCAACCAGUUGCUCUCUUUGGGGAAACUACUUCGCUGCGCGCUGUUGCGCUCCUGUCUUUUUCGUGCGUCUGGCUCUUUUUUAUUGCAAUCUAAAAACUUUUUCUUAUUUUUUUCAAACCUUAAACCACUUUAUCUCAAAAAUAUCACCGACUUUUUAUUGGGUCGAAUCGUUUGAAAAUGAAACUUGUCGUGUUGUCGUGCGUAAAGGUGUGGCACACGCUAAAGUGAACCUGCGCCUCCGGGACAAAAGAGAAGACAAUACACCGAAGAUGUCAACAUUGCUUUACCACCCACUCGAAAUCAAUUGUAUUACCUUCAAGAAGGUGGCCCUCAGUAUAAAUAGCUGCGCAAUUUUUCAAGAAAGACGGCGUUGAGCACAAUCUGCAGGCUGUUCUUUCUCUCUCUUAUCGGAACCGCUGACAACGCCUGCAAGAAUUUGCUCCAGACAACUGUGUCCACUCUCCAGGACAUAAGCAUCUCCUCAGCCGACAGUCAAGCCAUGCAUGUGCAGAGGAAAUGGCACAUACUGUUGACCAUCUUUUUUCUGCUCAUAACCUCGGAUCAGUGCAUGGACAGCAAAGAGGUCAAGCAGAAUGAGAGAAGGACCCUGUUGGAUCUAAUUUUACAGGUUAUCAAGGACAGCCAGCAACGGGACAAGCCUGUGUCAAGGCGCUGUGGUGGUGGACUCCACACUUCAGCACAAGACAUGAAGUUCUCCUCCCGUGAAAAGCCUUUGUAUCUCUCUAGGCUGGAUAACAGUAGACUCAUAGUGGGGAAGUUCAGGUAUAUCAGCAGAAAAGAGAAAUGGAGGCAUGAAGACACACACAAAGAUAUUGUUCCUAGAGACGCACACCUGAAGGACAAAUUCAUUCAGCAUUUUGGAGGACAUGUCAAGUUCUCGUCGGAGUGCAAAACACAUUUUCACAGACUAUACCACACCACAAGGGAUUGCUCAAGACCAGCAUAUUACAAAAGGUGCGCAAGAUUGCUAACGCGAUUAGCGAUGAGUCCGCUCUGCAUGCAGUCAUAGAUUUUGUAUGUGCCCGUAUAAUGGAAGAGGGAUCAAUGUGUUGCCAAGGAAGUGCCUUCAAAUCCACAGCGGACAUGGGAACGUUUUUUUGUGUUUAUGGCAUCUAUAUUUUUGUGGUUUUUGGUAACUCAAAAUGAUGAAUGGACAUUGUUGGUUGUUUUUGAAUAGAAUGCACCAUGUAUUUGUAAGCAGAUAAUUCAACAUAAAACACAUCUAUUUAUUGAAAGGGUAAAUUUGUAAUGAUUUAACAGUCAAUAAAAAUCUGAUUAUUUUGGUCAUAAAAGUUAUGAGUGGUGGAGAGAAAAUGUCUUUCCUUUUUUUUCUAUAAAUACAUAUUCCACUUUUGCUAUUCUGCCGACAUUAUACUCCAUUUUCGUUUUCAUCGCGUUUUAUUUGGCACUUGAGUGAUUGUUUACAAUGAGACCAUAUAAAAUAAGGAUGGUGAUAAUUCAAUGCAUUAUUGAAUAAAGAAUACUGAAGCACA